AUGAGGACCGCGUGGCUGUGGAUUGCGGUGGUUCUGUGCUCACUAUGUUCAGUCGCGGCGGUAGCUCGGAGCGGAUCUGGCGAUGGAUUUGAGAUACCGAGAGAUACCGAGACUGCGAUAUCGUUGCUGGAGAACGAAAUGAUGGCGGCGUCGUCGGCGGCGUCUGAUGUUCCAAUGGUGCCUCUCACCUUGAUUCAGGGAGCUGACUCCAAAGGAGCUGUGUGCUUAGAUGGGACUUUACCUGGUUAUCAUCUUGACCGUGGUUUUGGAUCAGGAGCUAACAGUUGGCUAAUCCAACUUGAGGGUGGAGGAUGGUGUAAUAACCAUAGGAGCUGUGUGUAUCGCAAAACAAGUCGGCGUGGUUCCUCUAAGUUCAUGGAAAAAGCUUUGGCCUUCACUGGAAUAUUGAGCAAUAAACCUCAAGAGAAUCCUGACUUCUUUAACUGGAACAGGAUCAAGUUACGCUACUGUGAUGGUGCGUCUUUCGCUGGCGAUAGUCAGGACGAGAGUUCGCAAAUCUUCUAUAGAGGACAACGAAUCUGGCAAGCGGCUAUGGAAGAAUUCCUGUCUUUAGGCAUGCAGCAAGCAAAUCAGGCUCUGCUUUCUGGAUGCUCAGCCGGAGGCUUAGCUUCCAUCUUGCACUGUGAUAAGUUCAGGGAACUGUUACCUAGUUCUACCAAAGUAAAAUGCUUAAGUGAUGCUGGAAUGUUUCUUGACGCAGUGGAUGUCUCUGGGGGCCACUCGCUUAGGAAUAUGUUCCAAGGUGUUGUUACAGUGCAGAACCUCCAAAAGGACUUGUCCAGUACUUGUACAAACCAUUUGGAUCCUACUUCGUGCUUCUUUCCUCAGAACUUGGUUUCAGAUAUCAAAACCCCGAUGUUUCUUCUCAACACAGCAUACGACUCGUGGCAGAUCCAAGAGAGCUUAGCUCCUCCAACUGCUGACCCAGGCGGCAUCUGGAAGGCAUGCAAAUCAGAUCACUCGCAUUGUAAUUCAUCACAGAUCCAAUUCUUCCAAGAAUUCAGGAAUCAAAUGGUGCUUGCCGUAAACUCAUUCUCUACAUCCGACCAGAACGGUCUUUUCAUAAACUCUUGCUUUGCGCAUUGUCAGACUGAAAGACAAGACACAUGGUUUGCUCAAGAUUCUCCCCAAUUAGACGGAAAGAGAGUCGCAGAGGCUGUAGGUGACUGGUACUUCGACCGAUCAAAAACUGAAAAAUCCAUCGACUGUGCUUACCCAUGUGACAAAACAUGUCACAAUCUGAUUUUCGACCCAAAUUUUGGCGCUCGAUUCGUCGUCGUCGUCGUCGUCUUUGCUGCAUUUCCCGGAGCUCCAGGACUUGGGUUUAUUGUCCCCGCGGAGAUGAUGAGUAGCUUAUUGUUGUGGAUUGCGGUGGUUGUGAGCUCGCUAUGUUCAGUCGUGGCGGUGGUUCAGAGAGAAUCUACCGCCGGAUUUGUGAAACAAAGAGACACCGAGACUUCGAUAUUGUUUCUGAACAACGAGGUGAUAGCAUCGGAGGUUUCCAUGGUUCCUCUCACCUUGAUUCAUGGAGCUCACUCCAAAGGAGCUGUGUGCUUAGAUGGGACUCUACCUGGUUAUCAUUUAGAUCGUGGUUUUGGAUCAGGUGCUAAUAGUUGGCUUAUCCAUCUCGAUGGUGGAGGAUGGUGUAACAGCUAUAGUAGCUGUGUUGAUCGGAAAACAACUCCGCGUGGUUCCUCUAAAUUCAUGGAGAAAGCUUUGAACUUCACUGGAAUAUUGAGCAAUAAACCUCAAGAGAAUCCUGACUUCUUUAAUUGGAACAGAAUCAAGUUGCGCUACUGUGAUGGAGCCUCUUUCGCUGGGGAUAGUCAGGACGAGGGUUCACAACUUUUCUAUAGAGGACAACGAAUCUGGCUAGUGGCUAUGGAAGAAUUCAUGUCUUUAGGCAUGCAGAAAGCAGAACAGGCUCUGCUUUCUGGAUGCUCAGCAGGAGGAUUAGCUUCCAUCUUGCACUGUGAUGAGUUCAGGGAACUGUUACCUAAUUCUACAAAUGUAAAGUGCUUAAGUGAUGCUGGAAUGUUUCUGGACGCAGUGGAUGUCUCUGGGGAGCACUCGCUUAGGAAUAUGUUCCAAGGUGUUGUUACUAUGCAGAACCUCCAAAAGGACUUGUCCAGUACUUGUACAAACCAUUUGGAUCCUACUUCGUGCUUCUUUCCUCAGAACUUGGUUUCAGACAUCAAAACCCCGAUGUUUCUUCUCAACACAGCGUAUGACUCGUGGCAGGUCCGAGAGAGCUUAGCUCCUUCAUCUGCUGAUCCAGGUAAUACCUGGAAGGCAUGUAAAUCAGAUAUAUCGCAUUGUAAUUCAUCACAGAUCCAAUUCUUACAAGAAUUCAGGAAUCAAAUGGUGCUUGCCGUAAACUCAUUCUCUACAUCCGACCAGAACGGUCUUUUCAUAAACUCUUGUUUUGCGCAUUGUCAGACUGAAAGACAAAACACUUGGUUUGCUCAAGACUCUCCCCAACUAGACGGAAAGAGAGUCGCAGAGUCUGUAGGUGACUGGUUCUUCGACCGAUCAAAAACUGUCAAAUCCAUUGACUGUCCUUACCCAUGUGACAACACAUGUCACAGUCUGAUUUUCGAGUGA